AUGGCAGUACCAUCUGACCGUAACACAUUCGUUAAAAGUAGCAGAGAACCUCUCCAGUCCGAGCGGAAGUGUAGCAAUGAUCUAGAAAGUGCCACUCAGCAGAGGAUCGAAAAACGGCGGGCGAAGGAAGCGCAGAGGAUCUCGAGAGGCUGGCUCCUCACAACCGACCGCUCCCGUUUCAUUCUCUCGUCCGACGCCUUCCCGAGUACACCUCCUUGUCUCGUGGUGCCCAACAACCUCCGAAAGACACGAAGCACUUGUUCGUUUUCGAUCUCGAGCUCCUCAUUCGCCCCCGUCAGCAUGUGGCGAUUCGGUCUGGCACUCCUUGGUGGAUUGGCCUUUGCGCGGGCACAGCAUGGCGUCGAGGAACCUAAAGACACGCAGAUCCUGGAAUCUCGUCAGGGGCUCCCAUUUGUGCAGGCGCUUAAUCCUAACCCUUUGCUCGGAUUCCAAAACCCUCUGCAGCAGUUGCUUCUUGGCCAGAACCCUCUGCUUCAGGAACUUCAGGGACGACAGAACUUUGGUAUCCCUGGAGCCGGAAUCCUCCCCGGAUUAGCUAGUCUCACGGGAUUGGCAAAUGCACCCGGGAUGGGGCUGCUGCAGCUUUUAGUGCAGGGUCCACAAGCUCUCAAUAGGCUAGGUGCCUUGUCCCUUGGCGUAAGCCCCUUGGCACAACUUGCAGCCUUAAGGCAGCAAGACUUGAACUCAAGACUCCAACAGGGUCCGGGCUUGUUUGUGCCUGGGAGAUCUGGGGAAGAUCAAGAGUCUGUGAAGGACCUCAUCAAUCUGGCUCAAGUUCUUGGCGUAGGUGGACCCGGGGAUUUCCAAGGCGCUGACGGAUUCGGUAGAAAUCCGUCAUAUUUCUCUGAACGAAAGGGCACCCGUGACGACGAUCUGUCAACGCUUCUGCAGAGACUAAACGCCUACUCCGGUCCCGCCCGCGCACUGCGCUUCCCGCGCGGUGAAAGCACCCAAGGCCUUUUGUCGGAGAGCGGAUUAGGAUCCAGCAGGUAUCUGCAGGAACUCACGGGUUUGGAGAGAAGUGAUGCAAGGUCGUCCUCCAUCAACCGCAUCGGAAGCGUCGAGUCGCAGCCCAUAUUCGUGAGGGAGCGGCGACGUCAGUCCGCAAAGACGGAAGACUCCGGGGAGAACUUCAGAUUCCCCAACUACAGCUGAGUCGGCCUGCCAGGGAUCGCAACAGCAAGUCCUUCCGCUCGCAUGGACUUCGCAGAGCCACAGCAAACACUGGGGUUCGCUGAAGGCCUAAGCACUAGAGAAGGGUCCACUAUACCCUCUGAUUCCUAGAGGAGAGGAUCAUAUGAUCCAGAACGCUUCGACGCGAAGUCCUUACUCUUAACUGCAGAUUAGCGUUAACACGUUGAUAUUGCAAUCCAUAUUUUUCUUGUUUUAACAUUAUACUGCACUGAAACUGAACAGUCUAUUAGCUGGUGAUGGCAUUAAUUUUUAAACAUCGAUAUAUAUUUUUAUUACAUAAUAGUGGAGUUUUAUUUAGUGUUAAAUGUUACGUAGAUUUGCCCUUGCAAAAUUUCAAAUUUAAACCACUUGUUAUAGUAAUCAAAGCAAAAUAACUAGGAUAAGCCUGAGUUAUCGUUGGAGAGUAUAUGAACGAUUUUCCUUUAUCAAAACAUUAUUUUUUUCUUAAUGAGAAAUGUACAGCCUCACAGUAUGGAUUAUCAGUUGAAAUUAUUUCAUAUUUACAUUUGUUACUGGAUAAGAUUCUAAAAUAACGGUUACGAAUAUAGCUUUAGAUUAAGCUAAACCAGAUAACAGUGAUUAAUACACACAUUUAAAAAUUUAUUGUCUCUCCCAAAUUUAUCAAUCCAUACUAGGAGAGAAUUGCAUAUUACGCAGUGCCAGACGUGGAAUCGAAAACAUACUUCACUGCAGCAAAUUCACUGAGUAAAACCUUUUCUAACCCAACAUAAUACUAGCUUUAAUAAAAAGUAAUGAUAACUUACAUAGGAGAAACAGUAAUAAAGACGAAGUUAAUAGUAAUGAAUAGGAAUAUUUUGGCACUUGGAUAAAUUUACAAGAAGGGGGGGGGUGCUUUUAGAAUACAGGGGGGCGCUACUGGCUAUAAACCCCUUGAUAAUAUAGGGUACAAGGUAACGCCCCUGAUUUAUUCUAAAACGAGUUAAUAAAUGAUAAAAAUACAUGAGUGGCAAUGAUAUUCGAUGAUAACGAUGGUGCUAAUGGUGGACAUGAUGAAAAUAACAAUUAUAAUGAUGGUAAUAUACUACUAUUAAUAGUUGACUUGCCACUAUCGCCAAUAACAAUGACUACAGUAUUAAAUGUUAAUAAUGGUAGCAAUAAUAAUCACUAUAUUACUGUUACAAUAUCAAUAACAAGGACAAUAAAAUUGGUAGAGAAAAAUACA